AUGUUUCUCCAAAUCGGUUUGCUUUUGAGCGGUCUGUUAGUGUCGUAUCAUGCUAAUGUAAUACCGACGCAAGAAGAUCGUGAGAAUGUUCCUAACUUAUUUAACUUACCAGGAAUAUCAGCUAACAAUCGAACUGAUAUUGAGAUAGUAGAAGGUGAUAUUGCUUUCCCUGCACAUGCAGAUCGAACAGCAUUUAUUCAAGCUCCAAAAUGGCCUAAUGGUAUUGUACCGAUUGAAUUCGACGGAGCAUUCACCAACGAUCAGAAAAAUGUGAUCAUCGGAGCCAUGACAACCAUCAGUCAGAACACAAAUGAUUGCAUUCGGUUCGUAUGGCGUAAUAAUAAUCCAGCUUGGUUGCGAAUUCAUUCUGGCCAAGGAUGUUGGUCACACAUGGGAAAAACAGUUAGCUCUGGAGCACAAGAUCUUUCUCUCCAAAUCCCUGCCUGUGUUCACCAUUCCGUAGCCUUACACGAAUUAUUACAUGCACUUGGUUUUGCUCAUGAACAGACACGUCCUGAUCGCGAUACGUACGUGCGUGUUUACUAUGAAAAUAUCCAAGCUGGUCAUGAACAUAAUUUCGAUAAAUUUACUUCGUCACAAGUGAAUACAUUCAAUCAAGCAUAUGAUUAUGGUUCAAUUAUGCACUAUCGAAAUGAUGCUUUCUCAACUAAUGGUCGCCCUACAAUCAGACCCAUUCUUGCUGGAUAUGAAAACUGGGAAACUUACAUGGGUCGUGGAGAUAAGAUGAGUGCUCAAGAUAUUCAAAAGCUCAAAGCUUAUUAUGGGUGUUCAUAA